CGAAUUCCCAACCCCCGAAGUCGAACGUUUGUUUUCUGUCGCGACUUUAAAACACUUUUAUCAUCGUACUUUAUGUUCUAUCACUCUAAAUUUUUGUCUCUAAAACAUAAUCAUCCCCAUCUCAUUCACGCUUAGUUCUUCAAGUUCCUAGGUUCUAGUUCUAAUCUAUUUCACAACAAACAAAUCACUUAGAAGAUUUUAUUUAUUUAUUUAUUUUCCGGUAAUGACUGAAACCCUUAAAUCCCAGGGUUUUGAUGUUUCAGAAACCCUAACCUCUGAAACGAGAGAAAAUGGUACUAUUGAAUCUGAAGUUUUCGAUGGUUUAGAGAAAACUGGGUUUGAGAUGGAUCAGAAAACCCUACUUUCGGAGAACGCUGAAGAGGAGAAAAAGAAGGAGAUGAACCAUUCCAGAGCUGAGAUUGAUACGUCUUUACCUUAUGAAUCAGUGAAAGAGGCUGUAUCUCUUUUUGAGGGUAGUGCUAUUUGGGGACCUCAACAACACAAAAUCUCAGAAUCGUUGCAUGUCGUUGAGGAGCUUGAGCCAUCUAAGGUCGAGGAGGAAGCUGCAAAAUUAGAGAAGGAGCUGAGCCUGAAAGAGAGGGAAACACUUGAGGUAUUAAAAGAACUAGAGAGUACCAAAAGGGUCGUUGAUGAAUUGAAGUUGACCCUGGAGAAAGAAAAAUUGGAAAAUAUUGAAAUUCCAGACGCACCAGUUGAUUACACAGAGACAAGUCAAGUUGUUAGAGAAAUAGAAGUUGGAUAUACAGGAAACCCUUUCAUUACUGACGGGGACUUCGUAGUAGAUUAUAGCCCCUGCCCAAGUUCUUCUCCAGGUUUGAUUUUAAUGGAAUUGGAGCAAGCGAAGGUAAACCUUACCCGAACAACAAGUGAUCUUGCUGGAAUUCGAGGUGCUAUUGAAUCACUUCAUAAGAAACUGGAGAAGGAGAGAAUCUUAUUCAAGAAAACCCAAGAGAGGCUGAGUCUCAACUCUGCUAAGAUUUCUUCUCUGGAAGAGGAGCUGAAACAGACAAGGAUGAAGCUACAGCAGGCGAAAGAUGUACAAAAUAAGAAUCUAUGUGAGAAUCCCCUCGAUCUUUCAAAGGAGAUCCAAAAGUUAAGUGCCGAGGCAGAUCAAUUUAAGCAGAUGGCAGAAGCGGCAAAAUCUGAGGUGGUGAAAGCAAUGUCGGAAAUUGAACAGACAAAAACAAGUAUGAGAACCACGGAGAUCAGAUGGAUUGCAGCCAUGAAAACGGUGGAGGCAGCUAGGGCAGCAGAAGCUGCUGCUCUUGUGGAAAUCAAGGCUCUGACGAGUAGCCAGACUCCAACAAAAGAUUUGCUCGAACAGACGGACACAGUAACUCUUUCUUAUGAAGAAUAUUCUUCCCUAACUCGCAAAGCUCAAGAAGCUGAAGAGGCUUCAAAGAGAAAAGUUCAAGAUGCAAUGCUUCAUAUUGAUGAAGCAAAUGUGUCUAAAAUGGAAAUCCUAAAGAAGGUGGAAAAAGCAGUGGAAGAAGUUCAAACUAGUAAAAAGGUUUUGGAAGAGGCUCUAACCAGAGUGGAAGCUGCAAAUCAAGGGAAACUGGCUGUUGAAGAAGCGCUUAGAAAGUGGCGAUCAGAUAAUGGUCAGAAAAGACGUAACUCCACCAAAUUCAAGAAUUCGUACCCAUCUCAUCAUAGAAAAGAUUCUCGUACGUUUGAUCUGAACAAGUUCAAUCUCGCUAAUGAGGGGUGUAAACCAACAUUAUCCAUUGGACAAAUACUGAACAAGAAGCUUAACCUACCAGAAGAUUUUGAAAUGGGAACAGAAAAAGAGAAUAAACAAAAGGUUUCAUUGGCACAGAUGCUUGGUAAACAAACUGGGCCACUGUCUCCACCUUUAUCGCCUCCCCGUCCAACUGAGCAGGAAGGAACUGCUGACAAGCAGAUUUCUGGAAAGCGAAAGAAGUUCGGUCUGGUCCGUUUUUCGCUUCUGCUGACUAAGGAAAGCAAGAAGAAGAAGAAGAAACAAGCUCCAAGGUGGAGAGCUUGCAGAGGGGAAAUGUAGGGAGGAUUUCUUGUCGAAACAACGGUCCAUUAAUAUUAAAAAUUAUUUAUCAUUAAUCAUUUGCAUCUCUGUAUGUAUCACCAUGGAUUCAGAGGUCACAUGAUGGUGUCAAUUCCUGUGUAGCAUUCUUUAUGUAUCUAUUCCAAGUAUUCACUUCUGCUCUUGUUUA